GAGCGCUUUAAAGUUUUGACUGACAAGACUGUGUGUCAGUUUAGUGUUUCCACUGAUCCCAUGUGGCAUUGGAGGUUUGAAACAAUCAGAUAUUUCUGUUUAUUUGUGUUCUUUCUUUUGUGAAGAGCAGGAAGAAAAGAGAAUAAUGUCCAGCAGGGCCACAUGGAGAGUCUCCUUCAGGCUCAAUACUUACAUUACCCUCAUUAACCAAUGUGCACUUUGCCCUGCUAUUGGCUGCAGCGGCAACAAAGCAGCGCUGUGUUCGACCACCAGCUGCUGGUUCCUCAUCAAAACUGGAUAAAGAAAAAAAAAAAACCUCUCAUCUGUCAGGAGAAUGUUUCCUACAGCUUCAUCUCCAGGAUCUGAAUUCCUCACAUACUGCUGAGCCUCUGAAGGAGUCUGUGCGCCCUCGUGUGAUAACCGGCGGAAAGUGCAGCCGGCAGGAACCGGCAGCUCAGUUGUGAUUAUCACACCGGACAGCAUGGAUACAGACAAGAAGGACAUGAUCCUGAGAGAGGGAUUCCUGGUGAAAAGGGGUCACCUUGUACACAACUGGAAGGCUCGCUGGUUCGUGUUGAUGUCAGACAAGCUGCUGUAUUACAAGUACGAAGGAGGCAAAAGGGACUCGUGUCAGCGGGGGAAAAUCCUCCUGGAGGACUGUGAAAUAACUUGUCCUUUCCUGGAGUACGAAAAUCGACCGUUGGUGUUCAAGCUCCACACAAAGAACGGGGCGGAUCAUUUCUUGGAGGCUUGUUCCCGGGAAGAGAGGGAUGACUGGGCCGCUGACAUCACCGCUGCCGUCAACAAGCUGCGGACGACUGAAGACAGGAAGGUGACAAACCAGGAGGACGCUGCUGGAUCCCAGUUACACAACAUCAAUCUGAGCAAAGUGCUGGACGCCAUGUAUGACGUCCACAGUGGGAUCAACAUGAGCACUCACGUGGAGCACGGCAGCACUUACAGCAACUGUUUCUCAGGUUCAGCCGUGGUGGACUGGCUGGUGUUCAUGCAGCUGACUCUGACCCGCGUGGAGGCCGUGACGCUGGCCUCGGCCCUGCUGGAGGAGGGUUGCCUGCGGACCGUCGGCCUGAGGAGCGUGGAAGCUCUCCGCACCGCCGGCCUCGGUGAGCAGUUCAUGGACGACUCCACUGCACUGUACAGCUUUGCUGAGAGCUUGAAGAAAAGAGGCAGCGUGAAGUCAGAGAAGUCGCUGUCUGCGGUGGAGAUGAGUGGGAAGGUGAUAAAGAGAGGAUAUCUGCUUAAACAGGGACACAGGAGGAAGAACUGGAAAGUGAGACUGUUUGUGCUGCGUUCAGAACCAGCUUUCCUUCACUAUUUUGAUCCCACCAAGGAUGACAUCAGCCCCAGUGGCGGCUUCUCACUGCGAGGCUGUCUGGUGUCUUCUCUGGACGAUAACGGAGUUCCCUCAGGUGUGAAAGGCAACAUUCAGGGCAACUUGUUUAAAAUCAUCACCCAGUCCGACACACAUUACUUCAUCCAGGCUCCGACCCACCAGGACAAGAUGGACUGGAUAGAGGCGAUCAGAGAGCAGACGUAGAGCAGCUCGAGAGGACGACUGGAUUUACACAUUCUGUGAAUGUACACCGGUAAACUGUAGCAACACACGGGGACCAUGCAAUCAGAUGAAAGUGUCAGUGGUUACAGAUCAUUUCUGUUCAACUGCUUUCUGCUUAAUUAUUCAGCUUUUUUUUUUUUUUUAAAGAAAAGGGUUUAAAAGCCCAACA